CUCGCUCAUAUUGUGGGCCGGGGGAGCGCAUGGCUCGGUGUGCACACACUGUCGCCAGCCGUCCUGGACGCCGCGUACACCACCACACCAGACAGCAGGCUCCCGCGCUGUGAGCACCGCACACUAACAGGACACUUCUCCGCUUAAAAAGGCUCGUUUGGGCCGGGCAGCGGGGUGCGGCUGCGGUACUGCGGUACUGCGGGCUCGCCGGUGCAGAUGGAGCGGUGGACGGGCAGGGUGGCCCUGGUGACCGGAGCCUCGGUGGGCAUCGGCGCGGCCGUGGCCCGGGCGCUGGUCCAGCACGGCAUGAGGGUCGUGGGCUGCGCCAGGAACGUCGACAAAAUUGAGAAGCUGGCAGCGGAAUGUCAGAGUGCAGGCUACAGUGGCACACUGAUCCCUUACAAGUGUGACCUGUCCAACGAAGAGGAGAUCCUGUCCAUGUUCUCAGCCAUCAAGACCCUGCACAAGGGUGUAGACGUGUGCAUCAACAACGCUGGUCUGGCUCACAAUGAACCCUUGCUCAGUGGAAAGACUGAGGGCUGGAGGAAUAUGUUGGAGGUGAACGUCUUAGCCUUGUCUAUCUGCACCCGUGAGGCCUACAAAUCAAUGAAGGAGAGGAAUGUGGACGACGGCCACAUCAUCAAUAUUAAUAGUAUGAGUGGGCAUCGGGUAGUGCCAAGUGCUGAUGUGCAUUUCUACUGUGCCACUAAAUAUGCUGUGACGGCUAUGACUGAGGGUAUACGACAAGAGCUUCGAGAGGCAAAGACUCAUAUCAGAGCCACUUGUAUAUCACCUGGAAUAGUGGAGACUGAAUUUGCCUUCCGGCUACACAACAAUGAUCCAGAGAAAGCAGCUGCAGUGUACGAGAGCAUCAAAUGUUUGAAAGCAGAGGAUGUAGCCAGUGCAGUCACAUUUGUCCUUGGUGCCCCUUCUCAUGUCCAGAUUGGAGAUGUGCAGAUGCGGCCAGUAGAGCAGGUAUCAUAGCAGUGACCCUGGAAGCUGCAGGAGGAGCAGGCUGGCAGACACAGUGACUCCUUAGCAACCUCUGCUGGGCAUUUGGGUGGGAGAGGGUGGGGUUGUAAAACCAGUAAACUACAAUUGUGUUGGCUCUGCAGGGGUGUGAUCAAGGAGAGGUGGAGCCUUCAAGAGGCUGGCGAGGUAAUAAACGGGGGUGGACUCUAGAAAACCACUACAAAAAUACUACUGAAUGCAGCAACCUUGGCAGUCGUUGGGCUCAGCCUCGAGGCGAGCCGACUCUCAAGUAGGAACAAACUAGCAGAGUUGCUGCUGAGCUGGGCACUAAUCUGCACAGCUAUUACUUCAGAGGGAAGAGAUGUCAUUGAUUGCACAUUGUUUAUUCUUUUUUUUAUUCUUUUUUUUGUUUUGUAGCCCCGACAACAUAUCUUCUUGAAAUUUAAUUGAAAAAAAAAAGUAAUUGCUGUUUAUAAGAAUUAUAACUUUUGUUUUCUUUUUUUAAUAAAUACUAUAAUUUUUAAUUAAAUUUAGCUGUCGUCUCAUGAACUAAUCUUAGAUGAUGCCAUGUCACACCCACUAUGAGUAGCCAUAAACGGUCUGUUUAUCCUGAUUUGUUAUCCAACAUAUGAUCAAUAAAUAAUGGCUAAAAGAGCCUGGGAAGGCUUGCCUAGUCACCUCCCUACGUGUCAAGCGCAUGACUUUCUGCAGUCCACCUUUUUUUUGCUUGUGUAAUAUUAUUUGUUGUGCACUUUGGAUUCAUUUGUGUGGAGUUAUCGGAAGGAAGAUCCAGCGUCUCUCGGCGAGGAGGAAACUAACUGUGCACAUGUAUGCCCUUAAACAUGUUCCCUUCUGUUGGAAAAUUCUCCUUUAAUGAAUUAAUAAAGACUGUUUCCCAGA